GCUUCCGGGCCAGCUCAGGGCAAGGCGGUUGGGGCAUCUUGAAGCAAAAGUCCUUACUUACCUGGUAGUGACUUACCUUGGUAGUGAGAGAAACGGCAUCCAUCUCAAACGCCUUCUAUUUUCACUUCGCAAAAGCACGUCUGCUGCCACGAAAAAGUGAACCUGAAGUCGGGUCGGCGGCUUUGCAAAACGUGGAACAUCCCUGGAACAGGGGCUCGCCGUCUACAUGUUUACACUCUCAUCGUUUUCCAUUCCCUAGUACACCUAUUUAGACAACCAGUGCUGAAGAGUCAUGACUAUGUGACUAACUACUCUGCGGGCACAUUUACACUUCCCAAAUAUCUUGCACGUAUGUUCAUACCUUGCACGUAUGUUCAUACCUUGCACGUAUGUUCAUACCUUGCACGUAUGUUCAUACCUUGCACGUAUGUUCAUACCUUCCACGUAUGUUCAUUCCUUGAUGGUUACACGUCGGCGACGUUCAGGAACCCUUCGACUCAGAGGCGAUACAGCUGCCGAGUCACAGCAAAAGAGACCCUAGGAGCCAGUUUUGACUGCAUCCUUGUCCACGCCCAGUUCCCUCACUCUUAGUGUACAGUUCAACCCUCAGACGAUUGCUGGCGCGGUACAGCGCUUUAUGUCGUAGCCUACCGCGACACCAGCAGACGAAACAGACACCCGUUGCCUGACAGUCUGGGCAACAACAGCUAAUUAUAUGGCCGUAGCCCUCACCGCACUUGAGGCGGACAAUACGGUAGGAAUGUCGGAAAAUCCCAUAGGCUUGGAAACGCCUUGGCUAGUAUAUUUGCAAGAGAAUAUUCUGCAGGCUUGGAC